UGACAUCGAUGAUACCCGAUGUGGCAAUCACAAGACACAAGAGUAAAAUUAUUUAAUAGCAACAAAAGACGCCCAAGUGUUCUAUUACAGGGUAUCCAAGACGAUGUCGUGGGUCUCUGAGUACGAGUAUACGUGGCUGGAGCGGACCAUUAUGCGCUCCCUGAGAGCUUGCGCCCACAUUCCGCAUCAUGUAGCCUUUGUUAUGGACGGCAACAGACGAUUUGCCCGGUCACAGCAUAUUGAUAAGAUCGAAGGGCAUUCCAUGGGCUUUGCCAAACUAGCUGACUGUCUACGUUGGUGCCUAGACAUCGGCAUACGGGAGGUGACUACCUUUGCCUUCAGCAUUGAGAACUUUAAACGCUCCAGCGAAGAGGUCGAGGGACUAUUUAAUUUGGCGCGCGAAAAGUUUUGUAAACUUCUGGACGAGACGGACCGUUUAAAUGAACAUGGCAUAAGGAUACGAGUGAUUGGAAAUAUUGAGCUUUUACCGCUGGAUCUGCAAAAACUAAUAGCACUGGCAAUGCUAAGGACGGAGCACAACGAUAAACUCUUUCUGAACGUGGCAUUCUCGUACACAUCCCGCGAUGAAAUCACACAAGCAGUGAAAACAGUUCUAGAACUCGGCGAGGAAGGUCAUCUUACUGGUGAGGAUAUUAGUGAACGCUUACUGGAGGAAUGCAUGUACACUAGACAUUCUCCACCACCUGAUUUAGUUUUUCGCACCUCCGGUGAGUCUAGAUUGAGUGACUUUAUGAUGUGGCAGCUUAGCAAUUCGGUCUUGUAUUUCACUAAUGUCCUGUGGCCACAGAUCACAAUUUGGAAUUUCCUUGGCUCGAUUUUGGCUUUCCAGCGCGAUAGAUCUCAAAUAAAUGAACUCAAGAGAUCAGAGCGUAUAAAUGCCUCACAUUUGGCAAAAUCCACAAAUUUGUAUAGCGAACGGGUGCAAGGAUUUCUGCAAACCAUGGAUACAAAUCGUCGAGAAUUGCUACUAAAAUUGUCCGUCUCCACCUGAGAGCCAUCAUCCCUCUACCAAUUUCCGCUUUAACUUAAAAACGAAAAAAAGAAAAAAAAAAUGUUUAUGUUGUUGUGAUAAGUAAAAAAGUCAAUAAAUGUUAAUUGCAAAUACAUAUAUGCAGCAAUUUAUCAAAUUUAAGUUUGUAACAUUCCGUAUAUUUAACUUAGCCAACUAAGUCCCAAAUUAUUUAAUAAAAAUUUCAAGUUGCCUGUAAACAUCCCGAAA